AUGCUUCGGCGGGUCACCAACAAGGGGCUCGCAUCUGAAGCGAACAGUGCCGCUGCCGCCCCGGCUGCCACGGCCAACUCCAAGGCGUUCGGGCACACUCUCAAUCUCCCACGCACCACUUUUCCGCUCUACACGACUGAGAAGGCACAGCUCCAGCUCGAGGGUUCCCUGCUGGCCGAGGUCAGCGACAACUUGUACGCCUGGCAGGCACAACAACAACGCCAAAAGAGCUUCGUCCUGCACGAUGGCCCACCCUACGCCAACGGGCCAUUGCACACGGGGCAUGUGAUGAACAAGGUGCUGAAGGACAUCGUCAAUCGCUACAAGCUGCUACGCGGCCACGCCAUCAAGUACGUGCCGGGCUGGGAUUGCCACGGACUGCCGAUCGAGCUCAAGGCCGUCGACCAGGCCAAGAGCGGCUCCACCCUCUCGCCGACGGAGAUCCGGGCCAAGGCCCACGCGUGCGCCGAGGAGGCGAUCGCACAGCAGAUGAAGGGUUUCCGAAGCUGGGGCGUCAUGGGCGAAUGGAACAACCCCUACGCCACCAAGGAUCCCAAGUACGAAGCAUCGCAGCUCGGCUUGUUCCUCGACCUCUACAAGAAGGGCUACGUGUAUCGCGGACUGAAGCCAGUGAUCUGGUCGCCGUCCUCACGCACCGCUCUGGCCGAGGCCGAGGUGGAGUACUCGGACACGCACGUGUCGCCUUCUGUCUAUGUUGCGUUCUCUGUGAAGCAUCUCGCCAACAAGGCCGGGGAGCUGUCCAGGUUCAAUAACCUGCAUGCCCUCAUCUGGACCACCACACCAUGGACCAUCCCUGCCAACAUGGCAAUCUGCGUCAAUCCGAACAUCGAGUACAGUGUCGUCAAGACGACGGACCAGCACGACAAGCACUACGUCAUCGCCAGCGACCGGCUGCAGGCCAUGCAGGAGCUGCUCAAGCAGGAGAUCGAGGUGUGCGCCCGCCUUCCGGGCUCCUCGCUCGCCGACACGAUCUACGUGCACCCGCUCGACGGACGCGAGCUGAAGGUGCUGCCCGGCACCCACGUCACCACCGAGUCCGGCACGGGCCUCGUCCACACCGCCCCCGCUCACGGUGCGGACGACUAUGUGGUGUGCAAGGCGCACGGCAUUCCCCUGCGAAGCUUCGUGGACGACAACGGCAAGUUCACGCAGGACCUGCCCGAGUUCGCUGGCAAGUUCGUGCUCGGACCUGGUAACGAGCUGGUCAUCCAGGCGCUGACCGACAAGGGCGCGCUCGUGCACCAACACAAGUACACGCACAAGUACCCGUACGACUGGCGCACCAAGAAGCCCAUCAUCAUGCGCGCCACCGAGCAGUGGUUCGUCGACCUCAAGGACGUCGUCGCGCCCGCCCUGGACGAGAUCUCGCGGGUGCAGAUGGUGCCCGCCACCGGCCGGACGCGCCUCGAGUCGUUCAUCCGAUCGCGCCAAGAGUGGUGCAUCUCGCGGCAGCGGGUCUGGGGCCUGCCCAUUCCCGUCUUUUACUCUCGUCAAGGUGAGCUGCUGCUGACGGAGGAGUCGGUGGGCCACGUCCAAAAGCUGGUGGCCAAGCACGGGUCCGACUGCUGGUGGUCGAUGCCCACGAGCGAGCUGCUGCCGCCCUCGGAGAAGCACAACGCCGACAAGUGGGAGAAGGGCCGGGACACGAUGGACGUGUGGCUCGACUCGGGCGUGUCCUGGCACUCGGUGCUCCACAACCGCGAGCUGCCCUUCCCGGCCGACAUGUACCUCGAGGGUUCCGAUCAGCACCGCGGCUGGUUCCAGUCCUCCCUCAUCACCUCUGUCGCCCUCACCGGCAAGGCGCCCUAUCGAGCGGUGCUGACGCACGGCUUCGUGCUGGACGAGCACGGCCGCAAGAUGUCUAAGUCGCUGGGCAACACGAUCGACCCCGUCGCCCUCGUCAACGGCGACGAAAAGAAGGCCGGCUGCGGAGUCGACGUGCUGCGCAUGUGGGUCGCCUCCUCCGAUUACUCGCGCGACACACUCAUCGGACCCGUCGUCAUCAACAAGAUGAAGGGCUCGUUGCGCAAGCUGCGAAACACGGCGCGGUUCCUGCUGGGCAACCUGGCCGACUACGACCGCCGGCAGGCCAUCCCCGACGACGACCUCACGGGCAUCGAUCGCUACAUGCUGCACAAGCUCCACGAAUUCAGCCACGGCGUGACCACCGACUACGACGACUACCAGUUCUCCAAGGUGUACCGCGGGCUGGUCAACUUCGCGACGGUGGACCUGUCCGCGUUCUACUUCGAGGUGGUGAAGGACCGCCUCUACGCCGAUGCCACCGACUCCCUCCGCCGGAGGUCGACGCAGACCGUCUUGCGGCACACGCUCGACGCCCUCACCGCCGCGCUCGCGCCCAUCGCACCCUUCACCGCCCAGGACAUCCACCGGCACGACGCGCAGGCGGCCGCGGUGGCGCCCAACGUGUUCCACCUCGAGUGGCCGCGUGCAGGAGACCAGUGGAAGCAGGACGGGAUGGCCCAGCAGUGGGACGCCAUCAGGGACGUGCGCUCCCAGACCUACAAGGUCCUCGAAGCCGCACGAGCCCACAAGGUCAUCGGCAGCUCGCUCGAUGCGCGCGUGCGGCUCUACACGGGCUCGGACGACAACCAGGUCGCGAGGUGGCUGGCGGAGCCCACGAGCGACGAGCUUGCCGAAAUUCUGGUCACUUCCGCCGUGGACCUCGUCCCCGAAGCCCCCGCCUUUGAAGUCGUCGACGACCGACCACCACAGGCCGAUCUCACGAGCGGGCCUACGCCGUCGUUCGUGGGCGGAGGCCUGGUGCACGCGGUGCCGGUGGGCGUUGAAGUGGUGCCGGCCUCGAUGCACGCCGUCAAGUGUCCGCGGUGCUGGCGUUACGCCUCCGCCGAGGAGAACACGCCCUGCCCGCGCUGCGCCCAGGCCAUGGCAUGA